AUGGCCUCACUAGCCCCUCUACUCCUGAUUGUGUAUCUUGUGCCAUACUUAUCUUUAACCUUGCCAACUUAUGCUCUAGAUUAUAAGCCUAAAACCUUGAACACCAUAGAUUCAUGCUGGCGUGCGAAAUCAAAUUGGGCUACCAAUCGUCAAGCUUUGGCCAAUUGUGCAGUGGCGUUCGGCCGAGGGGCAAUGGGAGGGAAAUAUGGGGCAAUAUAUGUUGUCACUACACCUUCUGAUGAUCCUGUCAGCCCUAAACCAGGCACACUUCGGUAUGGAGUUAUCCAAACUAAGCCUCUUUGGAUUGUUUUUGCCAAGGAUAUGGUAAUCACACUAAAAAACGAACUUAUAAUGAAUAGUUACAAGACUAUAGAUGGUAGGGGAGCUAAAGUAAAGAUUGCAUAUGGACCAUGCAUAACGAUCCAAGGUGUUAGCCACAUUAUUAUUCAUGGGAUUAGCAUUCAUGAUUGCAAACCAGGGAAAUCCGGCCGUGUUAUUAGCACUCCUACGCACGUCGGGCGGCGUGGAGGCUCCGACGGAGAUGGCAUUGCUAUCUUUGCAUCUUCAAAUGUUUGGAUCGACCAUUGUUAUCUUGCUCGUUGCACCGAUGGCCUAAUCGAUGUAAUCCAUGCUUCAACUUCAAUCACCAUCUCAAACAACUACUUCGCCCAGCAUGAUAAGGUGAUGUUGCUAGGACACAACGAUGGCUACACUGCGGAUAAAGCUAUGAAAGUAACCAUAGCUUUCAACCGUUUUGGCUCGGGACUUAUCGAGAGGAUGCCAAGGGUAAGGUUUGGCUAUGCCCAUGUUGCUAACAAUAGAUAUGAUGAGUGGCAAAUGUAUGCAAUUGGUGGAAGUGCUAAUCCAACCAUCUUUAGUGAAGGGAACUAUUUCAAAGCUUCUAAUGGUGGUUCCAAGCAGGUUACCAAGAGAGAGGCCAAGAAUGGUUGGAAGAAUUGGAAAUGGAGAUCAUCUAAGGAUGUAUUUAUGAAUGGUGCUUAUUUUGUACAAUCUGGAUAUGGAAGUUGUGCACCACUUUAUUCUAAAACUCAAUCAUUUACUGUUGCUCCUGGAUCAUCGGUUCCUGCUUUAACAUCUGCUGCAGGUCCUCUAAACUGUGUUUGGGCGGCUGUGCCAAUUGAGCUCAAUAGUGCAUUAUCUAGCUCUGGCCAAAAGGAGAGGAAAAAGAAAAAGGGAAAGGUGACAGAAAUGGGGACACCUUAG